UGUAAUACUAUUGCAACGAUCAAGUUAACGAUGGAUAUAGGAUUGUUGUUUUCAACUUGUGUGUGCCUAACAUCCGCGUUAAUUGUUUUAGCCGAAAUCAAUGGAAAUCAAAAUGAUUCUCCUGAUUUGAACCAAAUAAUGACGAAAUUUAAUGAGCUUCAGAAAAUCGUCAGUCUGCAAGACAAACGUAUAUCUGAGUUAGAGAAACGACCAAUGGAACCAGUUGUGCAAGCAGUAGUAGAGUUACAAAACACCGUUCAACUACAGAGAGCUCGAAUCCGUGAUUUAGAGGAACGGGUUUUUCAAUUAGAGUUACUUCAAACUAAUGAAGAACAGAAACCAAACACAUCACUUGGACGUGAAAUGCUGCGUGAAGCCAACGAAACAAACACUAAUUUGAAUGUCAACUUAGUGAGAAAAGGACGUCUGCUUAUCCAACCUACAUCCCUGCCAAUUGAAAGUGUUGCGUUUUAUGCAUAUAUAUCAUCAACUGUCCCUGCAUCAACACCUCACCACAUCCUUGUGUUUGAUAAGGUGAUAACCGAUGUCGGAAACGCAUAUCACCCUCACAUGGGUACAUUUAUUGCACCCAAGACUGGGCUUUAUGUGUUUACAUGGACAAUUAGAUGUAACCAUAACAAUUACCAUUCAGCAGAGCUAUUGGCUGACAACAAUAUUGUCAAUGUGAUCUAUUUAUAUACAGGAAACGCUAUAGAUGGUACCGUCACUGGAACAGCUGUUGUUCGUGUCAAUCAAGGUGAUGACGUUUUCAUCAGAACUGGCAGAGAUUCCAAUGGCAACAUUUUAAGCGAUGAAAACGGUCGUUCUUCAUUUGCUGGUUGGAUUUUAAUGUAAAGAAAAUAAACCGUUAUCGAAUUGUUGUCUUUAUUAAUAAAUUAGUAUGUCAAAUCUUAAAAUUUUGAUCAUUUGCUAUGUAUGAUUAAAACAUAUUUACUCUCGGUUUGUGUAGGAGUACACAUAUCAAGUUGUUCGACAUUUACUUCAUUACAAGGCGUUGUUUCGCCAAUGAAACACAUAAUGCAAUGACAAAAUGGU